GUCCCCGCGCCCGCGCCUGGCCGCGCCGCCCGCAGCCCGAGCCGCCGCCCCCGGCCACGAAUCCAGAAAGAAUUGUCAUUUUUCGACAGCGGGGCGCUCUUGAGUGGCGCCUCCGCCUGCACAAAGACGUCCCAACCAACGAGUAACGCGGCGAGAUGUCCGCGUCGCCGCAACCAGCCGGCGCGUGCGACGAGCGAGCCCGUACACCCAGAGCGGCCGCGUCGCCCUCUUCAACUCCACGGUCCCCGGCUCCAGCUCAUGCCGUGCUUGCCACUAUGACGCCUGUGCAGCCAGCGCACGACUAUUAUCCUCACAAAGUAGAAAUGGACUCUGACGACGGCUACCCGCCUGAAGCUCACUCUUAUCGCCAUUCUCCGCAUGGGCUGGCAGCGUAUGCACCCGAUAACAAAGUACCAGUUCAGCCGGACGUAUAUGACCAGGGAAUGGAGUCGAUUGACGAAAAGACUCCUAUAGAUCUCAUUUAUGAAGAUGAUAAAGAGACAGUUAUAUAUACCACUACGCCAGAUCAGAAAAGAGUAGAAAUGAUCAGUGGUCAGCUUGAAGAUGGACAGUUGGUUAGCGGCAGUGGACACAUGGUAGAUGGAGGAGUGUCAGUUGUCGUAGGAGCGCCCGGACAAGGCACAGUUUUGGUGCUGGCGGAUGAAUUGGGGCAAGUCAUCACGAUACCUAGAAGGCGCAAAGAAGUUAUGGAAGUGAGUGGAGAUUCCUGGCGAGCCUACUACACCACGGGUCCAGAGCAUCCUCUGAGUGCCGCCACCUCUGCAGUGUUGGGAGUUGCAGAGGACCAGCAGCCACAGUCGCUCGUCACAGAUUACUACAAACUCCCUCCUCUCGGACAAGAUACUCAUUUAACCCUUCAUAAGGAUGUAUGGCAGGCCGGCGGUACGUUGAAGGCAACCAAUGGAGCGCACGGGGCGGAGCUGGGCGAGCUGUCGGGUCUACUCCACGCGGGCCUCGUGAAGCGCGAGCCCGAGGAUCUCAGCCGCAAGGUGGUCGACGAGCCCGAACACGCGCUGAAGCCGCCGCGACACAAGGUGGCGGUCGAGGGGGGCGAGGCCGCAUCGCCAUCGCCGGUGCCAUCGCGCGCCUCUUCAGCAGGCUCGCUGCUGCCAGACGCGGCCAUGUACGCCGCACAGAUGUUCGCUCCGCCGGGCACCCCAAGUCCCACACCAUAUGGAGACCAGUACACGCGGCAGUCCACCACCUUCUCAGGAGAGCCCUAUUAUAGAGAAUACUUCGUCGGUGAUGGCUACCAGCAGAGAGCUGCACCUCCCUAUAGUGAUACGGAAUCACCUUCCGCCUCGGCGUUUGGUGAGCGCUAUGCGGCGCCUAGAUACCACAGCAAAAGUGUGAUCGCUGCAGCUGGCCUAACGGUUGAUCUGCCUUCACCGGACAGUGGCAUUGGAGCUGAUGCCGUUACUCCUCGAGAUCACACAGCCGUUCAGCAGUCGUUCGAGUAUACAGUAAUAUGCCAGCAGCCAGUGGGAGACGAUGGACGUGGGACUCCCUCAGCUCACCACUCCCCUGCGCAAGCGCCGCGCACCCGACCCUGGCACGAUUUCGGUAGACAGAAUGAUGCCGAUAAAAUACAAAUUGCUAAAGUGUUUUCACCGUACGGAUUCAAGUACCACUUAGAAACGGCGAGUAGUAGUUCGCAACGACGUGAAGAUGACCGAAUAACGUACAUCAAUAAAGGCCAGUUUUACGGCAUUACGCUCGAGUACAUCCACGAUCCUGAUAAACCGCUCAAGAAUCAAACGGUUAAGAGUGUUGUAAUGCUUAUGUUCCGAGAAGAGAAAUCCCCUGAAGACGAGAUCAAGGCGUGGCAGUUUUGGCACGGAAGACAACAUUCUGUCAAACAAAGGAUAUUAGAUGCCGACACAAAGAACAGCAUUGGUCUCGCGGGGUGCAUCGAAGAGGUCGCGCACAACGCGAUAGCUGUGUACUGGAACCCACUCGAAAGCGCUGCAAAGAUAAAUAUAGCGGUCCAGUGUUUAAGUACAGACUUCAGCAGUCAAAAGGGUGUAAAGGGUUUACCACUGCACAUCCAGAUUGACACGUUUGAGGAUCCUCGGGAUACGCAAGUCUAUCACAGAGGCUACUGUCAAAUAAAAGUCUUCUGUGAUAAGGGUGCAGAGAGAAAAACACGUGACGAAGAAAGACGAGCGGCAAAAAGAAAAAUGUCGGCAACGAACAGAAAGAAGCUUGAUGAGAUCUAUCAUCCAGUUACUGAAAGAAGCGAGUUUUACUCUAUGGCUGAUUUAUCGAAACCUCCUGUACUAUUUAGCCCAGCGGAAGAUAUAGACAAAUUAGCUGGCAUGGACAUACAAGGAUUCUAUGGGCAUGACGAAGCAGCAUUAGCUGAAGCCCAUCUCAAGGGCGCGUCACCUUUCUUAUUGCAUGCAGCGAAGCCUCAAGCACCAGCGCUAAAAUUCCACAACCACUUCCCACCGGAUGCGCCUGCGUAUCGGUCCGAUGUUGGAGGCCUAUCACCCUACAGUGAUCGUAAGGAUUCAUUAGAAUUGGAAGGUGUGCUUGGCAAGAGGGCACGUACGUCAACACCACCGCUUAGUGAGCGCGUCAUGCUUUAUGUCCGUCAAGACACAGAUAAUGUCUACACGCCCCUGCACGUCGUCCCUCCCACCACCCAGGGUCUUCUUCACGCUAUUGAGAAUAAGUACAAAAUUUCAAGUUCGGCAAUUAAUAAUCUUUAUCGAAAGAACAAGAAAGGGAUUACGGCGAAAAUUGACGAUGAAAUGCUGGCGUACUAUUGUAACGAGGACUUGUUCCUACUGGAGGUGCGGCCCGCGGGCUCCACCGAAGACGAGCCUCUUUACGACAUUACUUUCGUAGAGUUGCCCACUGAACAUUAGCUACGAUUAUCACCCGACAAUACCAGAUAAUUAUGAGGUUUAUUUUUUACCUGGACUGUAAAGACAAUGUGAUACGCGAACAGGUUUGCCACGUUUUCGGUACUCGUUAAAGUCCCAUAAAUUAUUAUUGUUAGUUGUGGCGAACUCAAAAACGUACUUGUAACAUUCCAUGUUCUAAACUCACUAAUUAUAGAUAAGGUUUUCUCAAGAUGUCGUCGAUCUCAGAUUGAAAUUUACUUAUAAGUGGUUCAUCGCCAACACUCAUCUUAAUGAACAAAUGUCACAAAUAAUGGUUGAAAGCCUGUCUCGCUGUUGCGAGCUGCCUUGUAUAUAUCUUUUAGUGCCUUAACAAUCACACAGUAACGGUGAUGGCUUGUGUAUCGAAAGUAAGUUUUAAAAUUUCCAGAGAGAAUUUAAUUAUGUUGUGAAAUUAUAGUGAAUCACUGCUGAAGAUUUAACGUGUGUGCCAUUCAUCUGUUAUCAUUCUAGAAUUAUGUAGUUAUCGUUUCAACAGGUACCUUUAUAUCUUGCCAUGAUGAUAAAGUAAGAAAUUCUUGUCACAAACAUUUUGUAGAUAGGUCAUCUACGCAUGAUUGUAUAAUGAAAAUGUCUUUGUCAUUAUUAUAUUUAAUGUUUAUCUUUAUGUUAAGUGAGUUAAGUCAAAUUAAAUGCCAUCCACUUUUUUAAGAUUUAUGAGAUAAGUUUGCUUUAUAAGCUCGCUCAAUUCAUGCACUUAGAUAAAGUAAUAUUAGGAUUAGUUUCAAUCACAAAUUAUUUCCGUAUCGUGGGCGCUGUGACUAAUACUAUAAUGGUAAUUUCCAUUUCAAAUUAAUAAAAUUAUCAUUUUAUUACAAGUAUUCAUUAUAGUCACACAUCUAAUUACAUAGAGUCGUGAUUUAUUCGACUCGCAAAAUACCUACAUGGGUACUAAAUUAAAAAUUAAAAGGGUACUGAUUAAUAAAAUAGUAGAAUCAAUAAAACAAAUUAUAAUUUUAAAUGAGUCUUAGCGGCCAUUUUGCAUAAUUUACAAUGCUUAAUAUGUAGUAGUCAUUUAUAUGUAGUCACAAGUCGUCAAAGCAGAAUUAAUAAUUUCAUCAACGGGAGUGGUUUGUGUACAAUUACUUACUUAGAUAUGUUAUGCAUAAUAUAUUUUACCUUCGGGCCAUGACAAUAUCGAUCAAAUAUUUAAUAUUUUUGCAUGAAUCUCGUAUGAUAUAAUAAUAUAUAACCCAUUAUAAACCGAUGCUAAUGUCUGUAAUAAGAUGUAAUUUUGUCACAAAAUUUAUAUUAAGUGUUGUCCACCGAUUUAUUCGAAAUUCAGAACCAGGUUCUGUUUUGAUAUUCCAUUGGUCGCAGACAAAGUCGCCCAAGAUAUAAUAUUAAGUGGAGUGCCGAGAGCUGACGGUUCGACUAACUGCCAUAUUAUGACAUAGAAUAGUUAACGAUUUUAGUUUAGGGUAUGCGUAGUUAUACUGUCAAGUUUGCAGGUAUCGAAUUAUUAUUAAGUUUGCAACUUACAUAUUUCUGUGGAAAUUAUAUGAUUGUGAUUGCGCCGUGACUGCGCCUCAUUAAUUCUUCCAUAUCGUUAUCACUCGUUAUGUCUAACCACUAUGUUUAUAAAUUUUAAUCUCUCUAUGAAUUUAUAUAAUUUGUAUGCAUCGCAUUGCUCAAAGUCUGCAUUUACCUUUCACGCGGAGCGGACUCUAACAUUGUUAUAUACCUACUUACUUAUGAUGUAUUAUUUAUUUAUGUACUUAUAUUAUAAAUUGUGCAGCUUUAAUGUUUUUAACUUACAAUGAUUUUAGAUCGUGAUUCUGAAUCUCGUCAUAAGUCACAAAUGUCAGUAGCAAUAAAGUACGCAAAUCAGUUGUAUUGUAGUAGUUAGGUAAACGGGCGUGACCCGCGCAGCAGCCAUGCGUACGCGAUCUUGUGCAAUCAUGUUUAUUGGAGUUAUCUGUUAUUUGAUACGUGUAAGACGGAAUUAAUGUAAUCAAAAUAUAUCAUAUCGAUGACGUAAACAAGGUAUGUUAAACUCAACUGUAACUAAUAUUUACGUAGCUAACAGAUUGAGUGUAACAUAUUCUUCUGCUUUGUAACUAUCGAUCCGAUAAUAUAUUGAAAGCUUUGAGCUGUUUGAUAUGUUUGAUACAUAUUUAUCGUGCAAUGUUCACAGACGUUUCUACUUAACUCCAGUUUUCUAAGGUGGAAUUUAAAGAAAGCUAGUGCAAAACAUACUGAAACAUUAUAAAACAUUCCACUUAGUAUUAACGAUGAACGAGAUACACUUUCUUUUCCUUUCCGGUGUUAGUGCGGUGUAAAUAGAAGCUUUAAAUUAUAACAUGAAAUGUUUGUGAACAUCGU